UGUCACUAAAGGAGAGAGGAGGUGGAGUCAAAAGGGCUUUAAAAAGGAAAGGGAGUCAUUCUACAUUUCAAAAAGAGAAACUGUGUUUGGGGAGGAAUCCUAUCUCUGUAUUUCUUCUUUCAGCCUCGUCAAGGGUCGUGUCGGAACUUGCCAUCCCUUUCCCUUUCUGCUCUCUCUAGCUGUGGCCUACCCCGCUCUCUGCCUGUCACAGCGAUGUCAGCGGCAGGCCUCUAGAAGUCAGUGCCCGUGAAACUGCGAAAUUUGUCAUAUGGGUGGCAGGUAUUUCUUACUGACUUCCCAAGGACGUCGAUAAAGAAAUCGUUCCCGAGGGUCCCUUCCAGGCUACAGGCCACUGUCUUGAGGUGCAGGAGAAGGAGCUGGAGGACUGCAGCAGAAGAGCAGAGUGAAAGAUGCCCCAGGGCCGCAGGCCAACCCAGGGGGACACGCUUGGGGUCAGACGUCCCCACUCUGCGCGGGCUAUGCUCAAGCAAAGUCAAGUUAUUUUCUGUUGAAAGUUCAAGCCCAUCGAGAUUAUGCUCCUCUUCCUCAUCACUCUGUUGCCGGUAGUUUUUCAGUGUCGUUUUGCUGGUCUCUCAGUUGUGCAACGCUGGAACUGUCCUGCAGGCUCUUGUUCAGGAAAGGGGAAUUCUACUUGUGUGGGUCCUGCACCCUUCUUGAUUUUCUCCCAUGGAAACAGUAUCUUUAGGAUUGAUCUCGAAGGAACUAAUCAUGAGCAAUUGGUGGCAGAUGCUGGUGUAUCAGUGAUCAUGGAUUUUCAUUACAAUGAGGGAAGAAUCUAUUGGGUAGAUCUAGAGAGAAAACUUUUGCAAAGAGUUUUUCUGAAUGGGACAAGGCAAGAGAGCAUAUGCAAUAUAGAGAAAAAUGUUUCAGGAAUGGCAGUAAAUUGGAUAAACGAAGAACUUAUUUGGUCAAAUCAACAGGAAGGAAUCAUUACAGUAACAGAUAUGAAAGGAAACAAUUCCCGAGUUCUCUUAAGCGCCUUAAAUUAUCCUGCAAAUGUAGCAAUUGAUCCAGUAGAAAGGUUUAUAUUUUGGUCUUCAGAGGUGGCUGGUGGCCUUCACAGAGCCGAUCUCAACGGUGUGGAAGAGAAGAUUCUGUUAAAGACGUCAGAAAGAAUAACAGCCGUGUCAUUGGAUGUGCUUGAUAAACGGCUUUUUUGGAUUCAGUAUAACAGAGAUGAAAGCAAUUCUUAUAUUUGUUCCUGUAAUUAUGAUGGAGGUUCUGUCCAUUUUAGCAAACAUCUCACACAGCACAGUUUGUUUGCAAUGUCCCUUUUUGGUGAUCGGAUCUUCUAUUCAGCAUGGAAGAAGAAGACAAUUUGGAUAGCUAACAAACACACUGGGAAGGAUAUGGUUAAAAUUAACCUCGACCCAUCGUUUGUACCACCCGGUGGAAUCAAAGUAGUGCAUCCACUCUUACAGCCCAAGGCAGAGAGUGAUACUUGGGCACCUGAUCAGAACCUCUGCAAAUGGAGGAAAGGUAACUGCAGAGGCGGCAAGUGUGGUCAAGACUCGAAGUCCCAUCUGUGCACAUGUGCGGAGGGAUAUACUUUAAGCCAAGACGGAAAGUACUGUGAAGAUGUCAAUGAAUGUGCCUUUUGGAAUCAUGGCUGUACUCUUGGGUGCGAAAACAUCCCUGGAUCUUAUUAUUGCACAUGUCCUGUAGGAUUUAUUCUGCUUCCUGAUGGGAAACAGUGUCAUCAAUUAAUUUCCUGUCCAAGCAAUACAUCUAAAUGUAGCCAUGACUGUGUUCUGACAUCAGAUGGUCCCGUAUGUUUCUGUCCUGAAGGCUCAGCACUUGAGACAGAUGGAAAAGCAUGUAGUGGCUGUUCCUCACCUGAUAAUGGUGGAUGCAGCCAGCUCUGCCUCCCUCUCAGCCCUGUCUCCUGGGAGUGUGGUUGCUUUCCUGGAUAUGACCUCCAACUGGACAAGAAAAGCUGUGUGGCGUCAGGACCACAACCAUUUUUGCUGUUUGCCAAUUCUCAAGAUAUUAGACGCAUGCAUUUUGAUGGAACAGAUUAUGGAACCCUGCUCAGCCAGCAAAUGGGAAUGGUUUUUGCCCUUGAUCAUGACCCUGUGGAAAAUAAGAUAUACUUUGCCCAGACAGCCCUGAAGUGGAUAGAGCGAGCUAAUACGGAUGGUUCCCAGCGAGAAAGGCUUGUUGAGGAAGCAGUAGAUGUGCCGGAAGGUCUUGCCGUUGAUUGGAUUGACCGUAAAUUGUACUGGACAGACAGAGGGAAAUCUCUCAUUGAAGGGAGUGAUUUAAGUGGAAAACAUCGUGAAAUAAUCAUCAAGGAGGACAUCUCUCAGCCACGAGGAAUUGCUGUCCAUCCGAUGGCCAAGAGAUUAUUCUGGACUGAUAUGGGGAUUAAUCCACGAAUUGAAAGUUCUUCUCUUCAAGGCAUUGGCCGACUGGUUAUAGCUAGUUCUGAUCUGGUUUGGCCCAGUGGAAUAACAAUUGAUUACUUAACUGACAAAUUGUAUUGGUGUGAUGCCAAGCUGUCUGUCAUCGAAAUGGCCAAUCUGGAUGGUUCAAAACGCCAAAGACUUGCCCAGAACGAUGUAGGGCACCCCUUUGCUGUGGCUGUGUUUGAGGAUCAUGUGUGGUUCUCGGAUUGGACUAUGCCAUCGGUAAUAAGGGUGAACAAGAGGACUGGCAAAAAUAGGGUACGUCUCCGAGGCAGCAUGCUGAAGCCUUCAUCACUGGUUGUAGUUCAUCCAUUGGCAAAACCAGGAGCACAGCCCUGCUUACAUCAAAAUGGAGGCUGUGAACAUAUUUGCAAAGAGAGGUUUGGAACUGCUCAGUGUUUGUGUCGCGAAGGUUUUGUGAAAGCCCCAGAUGGGAAAAUGUGUCUGGCUCUGAAUGGCCAUGAGAUACCGGCAGGUAAUGAAGCAGAUCAAGUAACACCAUUGGAUGUCUUAUCCAGGAACAGAGGAUUUGAAGAUAGCGUUACAGAAUCUCAGCGUUUGCUAGUGGCUGAAAUCAUGGUAUCAGAUGCUGAUGACUGCGGUCCUGUGGGAUGCAGUACACGAGCUCAGUGUGUUUCAGAGGGAGAAAAUGCCACAUGUCAGUGUUUGAAAGGAUUUACUGGGAAUGGAAAACUGUGUUUUGAUAUAGAUGAAUGUGAGACGGGCACCACAGUUUGCCCUCCUACCUCCUCUAAGUGCGUCAAUACUGAAGGCGGCUAUGUCUGCCGGUGCUCAGAAGGCUACCGAGGCGAUGGGAUUCACUGUCUUGAUAUUAAUGAGUGCCAAUUGGGCAUGCACACCUGUGGGGAAAAUGCCACCUGUACAAAUACGGAGGGGAACUACACCUGCAUGUGUGCCGGCAGCCUGUCUGAACCUGGACAGAUAUGCGCUGACUCCACUCCAUCUUCUCAUCUCAUGGAGGAUGGCCGCCAUUCUGUGAGAACUAGUGACCACGAAUGCCCCUCAUCCUAUGAGGGCUACUGCCUCUAUAACGGUGUGUGUAUGUACAUCGAAGCAGUUGACAGAUACGCAUGCAAGUAAGUCAAGCUUUUGUGA